AUGGGGUCAGUCGACAAAGUUGCUGAGUUGGUGGCCAGGUGGUUCUACUGUGCCCUGAGCCAGGAGAAGCUGCGUCGACCCAUCGUGGCCUGUGAGCUGGGCAGGUUGUACAACAAAGAUGCCAUCAUUGAGUUUUUGCUGGACAAGUCACCUGAUAAGACCCCCAUGGAAUCUGCAUCCCACAUCAAGAGCAUCAAGAACGUGACAGAACUGAACCUUGUGGAUAAUCCAGCCUGGAGUGGGGAUAAGGAGAGUAUAAAAGGUGACAAGUACGAUGACCUGCAGUCUGCACGAUUUAUCUGCCCUGUCGUGGGGCUGGAGAUGAAUGGGAGACAUAGGUUUUGCUUCCUGAGAAACUGUGGCUGUGUGUUCUCUGAACGUGCCCUCAAAGAAAUUAAAUCAGAAGUUUGUCACAAGUGUGGUGUUCCCUUCCAAGAGGAAGAUGUGAUUAUCCUUAAUGGUAACAAGGAAGAUGUGGAAGUAUUGAAGAAAAGGAUGGAGGACAGAAGACUUAAAAGUAAAUUAGAAAAGAAAUCAAAGAAAUACAAGUCAGCAGGUUCAGCUUCUCAGCAAGAGACCACUGAAGAUUCUCCAGGUCCCUCAAAAGCUACGAAUGGAAAGGAUUUUAUCAAUUCCAGCUCUGGGGAAAAGAGACAGAUUAUCUUCACCAAAAGCUCAGAAAAUGGAAAUUCAUCUGUCUCAGCAAAAGCCAAUAAGGCUCCUUCUGCUACUACGAAGAGACCCAUUGCAGACAGCGAGGAGAAGUCUGAGGCGUACAAAUCUAUUUUUACAACACACAGCUCAGCAAAACGUUCAAAGGAGGAGUGUUCCAAUUGGGUUACUCACACAGCUUACUAUUUCUGAAACAAUGAGCAGCCUGAUUGGAACAUCCACUGCUGCUUUCCUUCCCCAAGGCUUUUUCUGUACAACUCUGAUACUUUCGUCGUAAUCUGAUAUUAUCUGGAAUUACUCGGUUUGUAAGUUGUUUGUAAACUUGCUAAUAACUAAUGAACUCGUGUUAGUUGCAACUUCUGUUGAAGAAGAAAUAGAUCACCAGAAUCCACGUUGUAGCAGCAGACCUCAUUCUAAAAUGUUGAACUUUUCGCACAGAAAUUUUUCUUUUCUCGUUCCAAUUGGGUGUUGUCAUCCUUAUUCACACAGGCUGUGUCCUCAGGAGGAGGAAGGGGAGAAGUUUCUGCCUGCUCUUCUCCUCUGUUGAUUCGUGCCACACCUGUAAUUAGAGUUUUCAAAGUAUUAGUACAGAAUUCAAACUUCCUGCAACUCUCUGACAGCAAAAAGAGCAAUAAUGCUGUUUUUCCUUGAAGCUAACUGGGCCCUUGGUAGAACUAGUGUGUGAUCCUAAAAGGUUCUGUAGGUGUUUUCAAAUCAUUUACCUUUUGACAGAAUAUAUGAGAGCACAAUCAUGAAAAUGUUUGUGCAGCAUUUUUCUUAUACAUAUUGUUGUAGCCUGUUCUUAGUAGCAGAAUAUUUGCUUAUAAAUCUUAUCUUUAAAGAGGAGCCUGUAAGAAGGCUGUUGUUUUCCCAGCAAGGUUUUGGGGUUUCUUCUUUGGGUGUGUGGUUUGAAAUUGGAAGUAUCAGGUGGGAAUUUGCUUCCUUUUGUCAGAGGAUCAGGGUACAGUGGAACAAAAGUAUGGGAUUCUUUACUUUUCUGCUGGAACAGUGAGGUUCUGUGGCCAUCUCAGAGGAGCAAUUUGCCAUUCUGAAUUUGCACAUUGUUUUAUUUUCUGACCUAAAAUUCUGAACAGCAAACAACUGUUUGACUGUUAAUUGUUACAGAAAGAUGCUCAGCACAGUGUGUCACCCAGUUCUGCUUUCAUAUUUAUCCCUUUGACAUUGAUUUAAAUAAAACUUGCUCUUGUCAUAUGACCAUAACAUUCACGUUCAGUUGAACAGGUAUGUAAGUGCUUUUUUUGUCACUUGGAACAGAGCAACUUUUUAUGGCUUUCCUUUAGCCAUUUUAGUCUUAGCUGUUUCCCCAAAUGCAGGAAUCCUUUUAAAAUGUUCAUGUUCCAUUGCAUUAAUUUAGUGGCUGAAUAUUUGAAUCCAAUAAUAUCUACAUGAAAUGACCAGAGGGAGGGAUGGAAGUUUUUCACCUUCCUUUCUCCCUCGUUUAAAAUUGAAAUGUGUUUUUUAACCUUGGCACCAACUAACCAGAAUAGAAAUGCAGAAACUGGGAGGCUUUUAAAACCCCUGCAUCAUGUUACCUUUGUGUGUGAAAAUUAUUAAUUAUCCUCAUAAUUCAUUUUUAAAAGUGUCCCCAUUUAUAAUUGGGCAAUAGUUAACUGAAGAUUCAAAUGCUGUGUUGAUAUUUGCAUAGGUGGUCUCUGUGAUUCAAGCAAGGUGAAUGAAACUGCUGGGAUUUUAUUAUUAUUUUGACAGGUAUAAUUAAAAAUUGGCUUGUUGUAGAAUUUA